AUGGUGAAGGGACGCCAAGGAGAGCGAGUCAGGCUUUAUGUCAGAGGUACAAUCUUGGGCUAUAAGAGGUCGAAGUCCAACCAAUAUCCCAAUACAUCCCUGAUCCAGGUUGAAGGAGUCAAUACCAAGGAAGAAGUUGCAUGGUAUGCUGGUAAGCGCAUGGCAUACAUCUACAAGGCCAAGGUGAAGAAGCAAGGAAGCCACUAUCGCUGUAUUUGGGGCAAGGUCAUAAGGCCUCAUGGAAACAGUGGUGUUGUCAGAGCUAAGUUCAAGUCCAACUUGCCUCCGAAGUCCAUGGGAGCUCGUGCUCAGAUAACCCCUCAUAUAUUGAUUCAUGCCAUUGGCUUCAUGCCCUGA